UGUCAUCGAUAGAAAGAGAACAUGAAAUUAUUGGCAGCAAUAGCUCAGCCCCCUUGAGGAGGUUCCACUGCUAAACAGAAACACCAGGCGAGGUGUUACCUUUCUAAAGACAAAAACAAAGAGAGAGCAUAAAGUUAAUGGGAGCAACAAUUUUACAAAGUGCAUAAUCAGAGAGUAGUAGGAGAAAGUAGAAGAGUGAGAAAAGGUGAUCAUUAUAUCCUUCAGCACCCUAGAGGCUCUCAAAGAGUUGGGUGAAAUGUGAGCAGCGCAGACUGCAUGCACACUAGCUCACGGACAGUUUGAGAUUUCAUAGCCAGUGUACCAAUUUAUUACAUUGCCCACACUUCCUGCUAUGGCGUCAUCAGUGGGAGGAAGAAGGAAGACCAGGAGGAGCUAAUUUGCCAUUUUUCUGUGGGAAGACUAAAUAAAAAGGAGGUAUACAAGGUCAUUAAACCAGACUAGGGAGGAAGAAGUGGAAUACACCCGUCAGUGCGGCACAAAGAGUGGCAGUGACACUGUGUGACCUUGCGACUGUUUUCCCGGAGCAGUGUGUUCCAUAUAAAACAGUUCGAAGCAAAUAUUUUUUUCCACCGAAAAAUUUAUUGUCCGUCACACAUGUCAAAAAUUAGCUUUGUGCGGACGUGUCCGGCAGAAGUCCACUUUGAGUCCGUCUGCCUCAAGUAUGCGUGGACACCCACAUAGUCAAGUAUUCCUCGACUCUGUUUGAGCCUGAAGCCUACAGUAGCAUAACUACAGAGAUACCUCAGGAUAACCUAAGUCACCCUAACUAUAAGCUUUAUCAAAAAGUAAAAUUUUAAGUUUUAAGCCUAGUCUUAAAAGUAGACAGGGUGUCUGCUUCACAGACCAAAAAUGGGAGCUGGUUCCACAGGGGAGGAAACAAAUGACUAAAAAAUAUGUCUCCCAUUUUACUUCUAGAGACUCUAGGAACCACAUGUAAACCUGCAGUUUUAGAGCGAAGUGCUCCAUUAGGAACAUGUGAAACAAUCAGGUCUCUGUUGUAAGAUGGAGCUUAAUUAUUAAGAGCUUUAUGUGGGAAGGAGAAUUUUAAAUUCUAUUCCAGAGUUAAAAAGGAGACCUCAAAGAAAAUAACUUUUUAGUCUUCACCAGAACUAAGCAAAAAAAGCUAAAGAGUUAUAUUAUAGUACUAUAAAACAAUCAACACCUAAGUAGUAAGUACAUGAAUAAAAUAAUGGUUACAUUUUGAUGCACAUACAGACGCACACAGGCAAACUGAGACACGCUUCCCCUCAGGCCCGGAGAGUCGCCUCCCACAUAAGGACGAACACUGGUUUCUCCCACGUCUCCUGUCUCAGUGGAGAGCCCUCAGCGGGUAUCGGUGCUGUCAGACCGCCACAAUCUUCUCUCCUCAGCUCAGACAGGCUGGGACAGCACAAAAAACUCCGGACAACCAGCCCGACUCGUUUAUAGAAAGCAGCAAAAUGUAGUAAAAUCCCUCUUUAACAUUUUAAUACAGGUGCGUGCGUGAAGGUAGCUCACGACAAGAGAAAUUUGAUACAAAUGUUUUCGGUUUCAAAUUGUUGGAAAAAGCAGCCUUCAUCAACUGACUUCUCUGCCUCGCAAGUUGGAAGUUAACUUUCCCUGGAGUUGCUGUCAAGAUGGAGAGCCGCACUUCUUAAGUCGAGUAGACGAGAUGGGAAAAUGGGAGCUGACCAUGAAUCCAGUGCAGGAGUGGGGUGAGGAGAAAGAGGAUGGCGCCGUGUAUGGGAUCACACUGCGCCGGGAGCCCGUCCCCUCCUCGCCCAACCCAGGCGAGAUGAGCCCCUCCUCCGGUUUUGUCCAGUACCGGACCUGCAAGGUGCGGCGUCUAAAGGCCGCCACCUUGGACCUGCUCGUAAGUCACCUCCUGGACAACAGCAGCCAGGAGCCAGACUAUAGCAGGAUCUUCCUCUCCACGUACAGGACCUACACUAGCAGCACAACGCUGAUAGAGCUGCUCUUCCAGAGGGACAGCGCCUCUUCAGACGUGGACAACACUGAUUACUCCAGGAGCCCUCUGUUGACCUUUGUCCAGACAUGGUUGGACGAGUACAGCGAGGACUUCAGGGACCCUCCACUGCACCCAGCUCUCUGCCUACUGCUGGAUCACCUAAGGAUCUGCUCGGCCGUGCAUGACGGCAUACGCAGCCAGCCGAACUUCUGCUCUCUGGCCGGACAAACUGAGGAGCUGCUCAAAAAGUUCCAGAAAGAAGAAGGAGUGUCAUCAAAUAGCUGUUCUAGUCUUGAGCAAGUUGAGGAGGAGUCUGCUAGUCAGGAUUCAGGAUGUGAAAACCCUCUGGAUCACGGCAGCAUUAUGGAUUUCUCUGCCAUAGCCAUUGCUGAGCAGCUCACUCUGAUGGACUCUGCCCUGUUUGUCAAAGUGGUGCCCUACCAGUGUCUGGGCUGUGUGUGGUCCCAGAGAGACAAGAAGGAAAACAUGUCUCCCACCAUCCGAGCCACCAUUACGCAGUUUAACGCUGUGACCAACAGGGUUAUCAUGUCGCUGCUCUCCCAGCCUGCAGAACCCACCAACAGCUCCUCCUGGAUGCCACCUACAACUCCGGCCCAGAGGGCUCGCAUCAUUGAAAGGUGGAUCAAAGUGGCGCAGGAAUGUCAUCGCUUGAAGAACUUCUCCUCCCUCAAGGCGAUCCUUUCUGCCCUGCAUUCAAAUGCUGUUUACAGGCUGAGGAAGACCUGGGCAGCAGUUAGCAGAGACAGCAUGGCCACGCUGGAUAAUCUCUGGGAGACAUUACCUGAUGAGAACUGUGUUCUGACCAACAGGGAGCUCCUGGUGGAGGAUGGAGGCCAAGCGAACAUGGAUAAUGUUUCUCCAAAGUUAACGAAGAAGUGUCAACUCCCCAGGCAGAUGAGUACCUCCAGCGGAGUGGUUCCAUACCUGGGCGCCUACCUGACCGUCCUCACCAUGCUGGACACGGCUCUACCAGACACCACAGAGGGUGGACUUAUAAACUUUGAGAAGAGGAGGAGGGAGUUUGACGUCCUGUCACAGAUCCGUUUGCUGCAGGCGUCCUGUUCCCAGUACAACCUACCCAAUCAUCCCAAAAUCGCUGCUUGGCUGCAUGGGCACAAACUGCUCACAGAUCAGGAGAGCUACGAAAUGUCGAGACAGCUCGAGCCUCCAGUGGACACUUGUUCACCGACGUCGUGGAGUAACCGCUCUCUCACGAAGAAACUCUCUUUGUUUCGGUCAGUGAGCGAGACGUCUAAGAAACUCCCUGCUGACCAGAUCAGCGUGUCGUCUUCUGGAUCCAGUGGAUCUGAGAUGGAAGAUCUUUCUUCUCUAAACUCAACCUGUUCCAUCAAGCUACAGUCCUUCCAUAGCUCCUACAACAAUGUAUCCGAGGAUUUCUCCUCCUCAUCAUCCUCCCCCUGCCCCUCGGCAACUUCCUCUUUAGAGUGUCCCUCUCCCUGUGGUUCCUCCUCCGACUGCAGCACUGAGCUCUGCUCUACAGACUUGGGCAGCGCCGGCACCUCCCGACGUAACCCUCAUCUGGCCUCCCAUCACAAACGCUCCAUUUCCAUGACAGCCCUGCCCAUGUAUAACCACCAGGGGUCUGACUCUUGCAUCAUCAGGGUCAGUGUGGACCUGGGCCACAACAACGGCAACAUGUACAAAAGCAUUCUGCUGACCAGCCAGGAUAAAACUGCUCAGGUGAUACAGAGGGCUUUGGAGAAGCAUUACCUCGAGCACCUGAACCCCCAGGAUUUCACCCUGUCACAGAUCAUCUCACAGCAGAAAGAGUUGCUCGUACCAGACAAAGCCAACGUCUUCUAUGCUAUGUCCACAACAGCAAAUUUUGACUUUGUCCUGCGCAAGUACCGCAAAUGCCAGAAGAAACCGCUAAGACCAACCACUAAUCUUGGUCUGUUCACAAAGUGAGGCAUCUAUCUGCAAGAAGAGCUGAACUGAUUGGAUAUUCCUGGAAAAAGGGCUUCAACUCAUAAAGAUGCAUCCUGCUUCAUGGUUUGUUGGUUUGUACCAAAAGGGUUAAAAACAGUAUGUGUUUAAGGCAGCAUGCAAGAUUUAGAAGAAGCACUUUAUUGACGGAACCUGAAACUCUCUCAUCAAAUUAUUUCCUGUUAGAAGAUCAGCUGAAGGGUGUGAACAGGCUUUGCCUACAGGGCUUUGCUGUUAACCCUGAUUUAAUCUGACUGCCAGUUCUGACGAAGACAUUCAGGGACGCAUCCUUCUCCGAGCAGCACGUGCCAACACAUUUACACGAACAUAUAGAAAUUAUUAUGCAUUUCCCAACCCAGUGUGUCGUCGUUGAUCAACUGAGGGGAGUUUAAAGGGAUCAGGACAUAAACCCAUGAUGGGUUAAAAGGCCUGGCAUUAUUCAGUGUCGCUGGGUCGGAGCCAUCUGAAAGGUGUGUGGAGGAUGUUCUUCCAGGGGUCCUCAUGUACCCAGAAACCUCUGGAUACGCUCCUCUCGCGCUUCUAUGAGACGACUGGAAGGAUGGCAUUCCUGUGCCUGGCUCAUGACGGCAGCAGCAGCACAAUGACAUUCUGGAGCUGAUGUACUAGAUCUGUGCAACAACAUGUAAAACAAAAGGGUGUCUUAUCUGUGUGUUUUUUUGUGUUAGUUUGUGUAGAUUUUUAAGAAUUUAAAUUUUAUAACAUACUGUAUUUAUUUUGUCUCCACUGUGUUUCACUUUAACUGCACCUUUGUUCGAUGAACACAUCUCAAUAACUCAUCACUUAAUUUAUCAAGAAAAAUGCUUGUUAAAAAAAAUCAUGACGCACUGUUUAAAAUGUUCCUGUUAAUGCUGGUGUUAUUUUAGAAAUGUCCUUAUGUUUUCUAAUGAAUGCGAAGAAUGCUUGAGAGACUGACACUGUAAGCCGUCUAUUUUAAACUGUACUAAACAAAACUGACCCAUUAAAUUAUGCUAAAGCAGCUAAACUCUAAAUUACCUUGAUGAAAUCUUUUGGAAAGUCCUGCCAGUUGCCGUGAACACGCUGAGAUGAAGUUAGAAUUUUCUGCUUUAGAGAGGAGAAGCAAUGAAGAACUGGAUCCCUUAAACACACUUUGUUAAAUCACAAGUUUCUUUUCUUUGAAAGUCUGGAAGUCGAGACGUUUUCCCAAGGGAAGUAAUGGCUGUUAUGGGAAGAGAGUGAACAGGCUUUUCUCUCACUUUCUCUUCCCACAGAAGCGUUUUUGUUUUUUCUAGAAAACUCACGGUUCUGCACAUGACCCCUGACACCACAACAUUUUUUUUCCCUGCUGUAAAACCACUUCAUAUCAUACUUGUCGUUAUGGAAGAUGUUUCAGAUGUAAAACACCAAAAGAGAACAAACAGUUUUUAAGUUAGAAUUCAAUAUGCAUUACCAGCAUGUAUUAAAAUGCCUUAGAAAAAAACACACUUUUCCAGUCUGGCUUCACUGUUUUGGUAUUUAUAGCAAAAUGUCAUUACAAAAAACAUACUUUCUACAACUUUGAAAAUUAACACACAUGACGAUUACUGCCUUACAAUUGUUGGCAUUUUAAUGAACAACAGACUGAGGUAUUGUUGUUUAAGCCCAGUGAUGUUUCAAACAUGCUGAUCUGGGUCUUUUUAUUAUUUGACUCAAACAGCAGCAGCAACCUGGUUGUGACAUGGAAAAUGAGUUUCAACUUGAUGCAUAGAUUAAAUCAAUAAUCAGGAUCAGUUUUCACAAUUUGAGACAACUGGUCAAAGUCAAACCUUUCAUUUCACAGCGCCAUUUUGAAGUUCUAAUUAAUUUUUUUAAGUAGAACUCGUUUAGAUUAUUGCAAUGCUAUUUAUGCCAGUCUGAGUCAGUCACAUUUUUUAACUGAUACCAAAAAACACAUUGCUCCUGGAUUCUAGUUCCUUUUCGGAUUGAUUUUGAAGUUCUUUUAUUUGUUUUUCAAUGUUUACAUGGUCUUAAUCCCUUACUUUUAUACAGGUCAGCCGAUCAGUCACUGUUGGUUGGUCGUCCCAAAUUCAAAGAGGAGGUUGAGAGGUGCAUUUCCAGUCUUAGCUGCCUUUGCAAAUCAGACUGGCCAACCCCCUGUUUAUAAAUCUUCUCUUAAAGCCCCUUUUUUCCCUAAGGCUUUAAACUCAGUUUGAGGUGUUGCCUUUUGUUGUUUUAUUAACUAGUCAUAAAUGUUACUGUUUUUAUGAUUACUAGAACUAUGUAUUUUGUGAUGUUUGCACUUUGGUCAGCGGUGUUGUUUUUAAAGUGCUAAAUAAAUAGUUAUUCUUAAAGUGGAAUAUAAAAA